CCAGUCUCUCCCAGCAGCAAGCACCACACGCCAAUUCCCAUAUACAGCACCGACGGCAAACCAGCAACGAUGAAAGUGUUCGUGACAGGCGCCUCAGGCUUCAUAGGCUCGACACUCGUGCCCAAGCUGAUCGCGUCCGGGCACCAAGUCACCGGACUCGCCCGCUCCCCCUCUUCCAUCGCCAAACUCGAGUCCCUCGGGGCUAAAGCAGUCUCGGGGGAUAUCACCGACCUCGAGACCGUUGCGAAAGCAGCCAAGGACGCGGAUGUCGUCGUCCAUCUGGCCUUCGACCACGGUAUGGCAUUCAGCGGAGAUUGGGCAGGGGCUUGCGAGAAAGAUCGGAAGGUUAUAGCGGCGAUAUGUGACGCGCUCCUCGCUUCAGGUGGGGACAAGAAGCGGUUCAUUCUCGCCGCUGGAACCCUCGGGCUUCCGCCCAACGCCAACGAGCAGUCCGAGCUGCACCGUUCCCCUGAUAUGCCUCGGUGGCAAUCGACCGACCUCGCCUUUUCCUACGCCCCCAAGGGCUUGUCGGUGAUCCAAGUCCGGAUCGCUCCGAUCACCUAUGGCCCCGCCGAACUCAAUCAUCCGUUUUUGCUGGGGCAGAUCGAGAAGAUAAAGGAGAACGGAUACGUCGCUUACCCGGACUCGGACAGAUUUUGGGGGACUGCCACGGUCGACGACAUAGCCGAUCUGUUCUUCCGAGCCGUCGAGAUCGCCCCGGGGAAGCUCCCAAACCCGGCUACUUUGCAUGGGCUUGGGGAGGAUGGUGUACCACUGAGGGAUAUUGCGGAGGUCUUGGGACGUAGAUUGGGCAAGGAGACGAAAGUGAUUCCGACGGAGAAGCUAGGAGAGGAGCUUGGGUUCGUGGGUGGACUGCAGGCGGUUGCGUUCAAGGCGUCGGCGGAGUGGACCAAGCAGCAGACUGGCUGGAAGCCGAAUGGGAAGGGACUGUUGGAGCAGUUGGAAUUGUAUGAGAUUGCUUGAUGUAUGAUACAGAGCACCUCCCAUUGGAGAAGCGGAAAGUCUCCUUACGAAUAUAAUCGCGACUCUGCUCAGUAUUCGUAGAAAGGGACGAACAGCUUGAUGGUUGAGCGGCU